GGUGUCUCUGGAGGCUCACGUAUCCCAUCGGCCCUGGCGCCAGGGCGGAAGAAGGCACGGAGGCGACUCUCUGGCCGCAGCGCCUGGACUCUCGUCUCCCGACUGACGUCGGACAACAAAGAUGGCGGCAGGAACCAGCAAUUACUGGGAAGAUCUCAGGAAACAGGCUCGACAGCUGGAAAAUGAACUUGACCUGAAACUAGUUUCCUUCAGUAAACUGUGCACGAGUUACAGUCACAGCAGUGCCCGAGAUGGAAGACGCGACAGGUAUAGCUCUGACACAACACCUCUUUUAAAUGGAUCAAGCCAAGACAGAAUGUUUGAAACAAUGGCAAUUGAGAUUGAACAGCUUUUGGCAAGGCUUACAGGAGUAAAUGAUAAAAUGGCAGAAUAUACCAACAGUGCAGGUGUCCCCUCCUUGAAUGCAGCACUGAUGCAUACAUUACAGCGACAUAGAGACAUAUUGCAGGAUUAUACACAUGAGUUCCAUAAAACCAAAGCAAACUUUAUGGCAAUACGGGAAAGGGAGAAUCUCAUGGGAUCAGUACGAAAGGAUAUUGAGUCAUAUAAAAGUGGGUCUGGAGUAAACAACAGAAGAACUGAACUAUUUUUGAAAGAACAUGAGCACCUUCGAAACUCAGAUCGUCUGAUAGAAGAGACAAUAAGCAUUGCUAUGGCAACAAAAGAAAAUAUGACUUCACAGAGAGGAAUGUUGAAGUCAAUUCAGAGCAAAAUGAACACUUUGGCCAAUCGUUUUCCUGCUGUGAACAGCCUGAUCCAGCGAAUCAAUCUUAGGAAGCGGCGAGACUCACUCAUCCUGGGUGGUGUUAUUGGUGUCUGUACCAUCCUAUUGCUGCUGUAUGCUUUCCAUUGAUGAGACGCCUCCAGGGACUCUUACAACUACCACUUUCAGGCCCUGAUCUGGAAUAAGGAAAAGCGGGAAGGAGAAACGGACUGCCCUGAUAAUUAGCCUGACCAGCAGGAUUUCUUCGGGGCUCAUAGUGCUGGACUCUGUGGCGUGGUCAGGUUGAGCUGAAGCCACAGUUUUUCUAACACACUUCCUUCUGUUUUUAGUUUUUAAAAAAGGAAAAGUUUUCCGUUGCUUUUGUCUCCCCAGGGGGUAAGUAAACGAGUCAGAAAGAGAGUCUGCGCUUCAGUGAUAGUGUCAGAGGCUGAUGGCAAGCUAGGUCUUACAGCUGGACUCUUCGGAAAACCAGGUCUCUCUAUCCAAAGACUGCUUUCCUUUUAGCUGAUGGAUUGGGUUGUGAAUAAAAAUAGUUCUUGUCCUUUUAUUUUACACUCAUGAUGAAAAGUCACAAGUCAUUUUUAAAUCUGUGCUAUAAACUUCUACUGUGUCCCCAACUCUUUUGGUAUUCAAGGAAAAUUCCAUUUUUCACAGAUUCUUUGAGAUGCUGACAAGCCAACUUCAACAGAGUUGAGGUUGUCUUAAAUGAUAAACACUGCAAAAAAAGCAUUUUUCUUUUUUGUAAUUCUCACCCAAUGAUAUGUUUUUAUUGAUUUUUUUUUAUUUUAAUUUUUUUGAGAAUGAGGAAGGGGAAGGGGAGAGAAAAAGGGGGGGGGGGAGAGAGAGAGAGAGAGAGAGAGAGAGAGAGAGAGAGAGAGAGAGAGAGAGAGAGAGAGAGAAACAUCGAUUGGUUGCCUCCCAUAUGUGCCCUGACCAGGAAUCAAACCCGCAGCCUCUUUUGAUACACAGACAACGCUCCAACUGAGCCACUCGGCGGGGACGUUCUUUUUUUUACUCGUGUGCACAUUGGGCUUAACUGUAUUGCUGGAAAAGCAUCAAGAAUGACAAGCUUCUUUUAAGGAGUCAAUCAUUGUUUUGACUUUUAUUUCUUCCAUUUGGGUUAAUAUUUGCUACUAGAAGAAAAUGAAAUCUUCGUUUUGCCAGGACAAAAGAAGCUAAUAGCCAAUGCCCCCAACUGUUCCUCAUGUCAGGAUUAACCCUGAUGACUGAGUGAGGGGACUGCUCAGUUUUCAGUGACAUCUACUGAACAAGCCACGUGUAAAAAGACAUUGAUCAAGGAGUCACCAUUCAGAUAAUUUCAUUUGUAAAUGUUCCACGUUUAUGAGCAAAAGUUUUGAGAACUACCACCCGAUAUAACAGGAAUUCUGGGUUCUGUGAAAAUCUCUUUAUUCCAAAUCUUUUAAGCUUUUCCAGACAGCCAGAGAACGGCGUCACUGUUGGAGAUACAUGUGACAGAAUCUCUAUCUGCCCCUGUCCUCUCUCAUCCGCAGAGUGACAAAAUCUUAAACCACCCACCAGAAUUCUUAGGUUUAACCGUUUCUGAGUUUCUGUACAUCCAUUACUUUGUCUAACGCAACUACCACAAAUAGUUUGAAGACUUCCAACAUCUACAUUCUCACCAAGGAGGAGGCUGCUUUUCACCGUUGGAAUUGAUGAUGGUAUUUACAGUAUUGGCUUCAGACUGUGCCACCAGGAAUGAAAGGAUAUUAGCAUGCAGUUCUUAACUACAUCGUAAAGUGUCGAUGGUGUGUGUCAUUCUGAUGAACUUGAUGUACAGGCUGAUGGGCAGACUAGUCCAUGGCCUGAUACAGAGACUGAAAGGUUUUUCAUUCUGGUGUCAGAGUUUUGUUAUAUUCUGGGUAUGAAAGGCAUUUGAUAUUUUUUUAACUAUGGGGUUUAUUUUUCUAAAUAUGGGUUGAUUGAUCAGUAGUUGAUUAGGGAUGCCCUUAAAAGAUAGUUUAAGUUUUCCCACUGCGAACCUUCCAGGGUCAGGGAAGGUCAUUUAUUAAAUUCUCUGUUGGGAGAACAACGCUUUUCUCCCCUGACACUUUAUUAUCUUUGAUUUUUCAAAGGGCCUUGAUUGGUGGUUGUACCUCAGCUAGAAUUUAUGGGACUUUGGUUGCUAUAUAGUUGGCAUUUAUAAAAUCUGAAGUUUCAUAAAUAAAAUUAUUUAUUUAAUUAUACUACCAGUCUUUUUUACUGGUCUGAUUAUUUGGUGCAUUCAUCGAAGCUGAUUGUGUGACAGUAAAACUAGAACCUGCGCUAAUCCAGCUCGCUGCCACUGAUGAGCCUUUCCAUUGAGGUUCUGCUAAACGAAGUAAAAGCAUUGUGUUGGGUCUUUUCUUUAAAAGAUAAACCAGUUCUUCCCAGGAAGUUGAGAACGUGUGGUAUAGAUGUUGCGGUCAGAUAGGUCUGACUAACCUCCCAGUGCUGUAGCCCAUAGUGAGGUGUCCGGGGCCAAAUGUAGAGAGGUAGCUAGGACAGUGCCCAUCCUUCCUCUGCGAGUCCUUUAGGACAGCGGUCGCCAACCAUGAUGUCCGAAAGGUUGGCGACCGCUGCUUUAGGAGGCCUGGAGCAAGAAAAAGAAGUGACACGUAGAGGCUCAACAUGGAGCCCACGGUAGCUGUUUAAGAACUCUUUCAGUUUCAUGCCACUUAACUUUUUUUUUUUUAAUAUAUUUUAUUGAUUUUUUACAGAGAGGAAGGGAGAGGGAUAGAGAGUUAGAAACAUCGAUGAGAGAGAAACAUCGAUCAGCUGCCUCCUGCACAUCCCCCACUGGGGAUGUGUCCGCAACCCAGGUACAUGCCCUUGACCGGAAUCGAACCUGGGACCCUUCAGUCCGCAGGCUGACGCUCCAUCCACUGAGCCAAACCAGUUUCGGCAACUUUUUUUUUUUUUUUACCAUCUUGAUUUUUCUCCUUUUUUGCCAUUCUUACAGACCUGUUGGUAGGCCCAGGAGCCAACAGUAGGCUACUCUUAGAGAAAGUCAGAGCAGAAGGACUUUCCUAUUUCUAGUCCCAAAUGUUGCCUCUUAGAGGGAGCAGUCUCCCUCAGCUAUUGUCUUAUAUGAUGAUCUUUCCUUUUGGAAUCUUUUUUGUAACCACUCAAAACUUUACAUUUCACUAGAAAGUAUGAAAAACCAUGGCAACAUAAAGGCAGAAAAUUCCAAAACAUACACUUCUGAGACUGUUUUAAUGUGUGCUGGUAACUUUAGUAAAAGUUAAAAAAUCUCUUACUAAAGUUCAAGCCCAAAUGUCCAAGUGCUUUAGUGUCUGUCCUGGCUGUCUCUAUUAUUAUUACUUUUAGAAGCUGAAGGAUUCCCUGUAACCUGCAUUGGUCACCCUUUAUUUGUCUCCUGUUAGAAAAGGGCUUUCCUUCUCCACUAUUCCUCUCUCCUUUCUACCAGAAUUCACUUUACAGAGAAUGCCGUUUUCCACACUGCCCAGGAAUCAGAUCAGGCAUGGGAGUGAAAUCCUGAGACGAGGCUUUUUGUACCUAGAAUCAAAUAUCUUUGCUUUAGUUCUUUCCUAUUGAAUGCUAAGUAAACCUGGAUAGAGAAAUGUACCUAUUGAGCUUUUGGCCUCUAAAUAAUAGAGGCACCUUGGACUUGCAUUCCCACCGUUAACUUUCUGUUUCACUGUUAAUAAUCUCAACUUGAUGAAAGGACUUUAAGAAACUGGACUAGCCUUUUGGUUUCUAAUACCUUAUGUUUGAUCAUCAAUCAGAUUGAUUUCUUGGAAAUUGAGUUCUCCAACUUGCAACAUUAAGCUGAUGAGUCUAAGUGGCCAUGUCUGGUGUUGCACUAGAUUUUGUGGCAAAUGUAACUAAAGAACAAAUGGAUCCUACUCAGAAAAUUAAAAUGAUUGCGUUCCAUUCUCAUUUUGGGUUAGGGGUUAUUUAGCUGGUCUCCAAAAAGAUGCAGAGCUUUACAUCAUGGACUUUAUAACCUAAUCUUAUUAUUCCUUUAUAAAUCUGCAAAUCCUUCUUAUAGGGGAAAGGAAAAUGAGGAACAAGUGAUUCUUAAGGAUGUUCAUUGGAUAAGAAGCUGAGCCAUGUCUUUCUCAUUUUCUUUAUACAUAAGGUCUCACUUUAGUAUCAAAGUAUUUGCAUUUAUUGCCAUCCUAUUAGCUCUUAGGGAGGGAAAUAAAUUCCAAUCACACUUUACCAUGAUGGAAGAUGUUUACUCUUGAAAAUGCCAAUAUAGAUUUUUAAAAAUCUAUUCCAAAUGCACUUUCUAAUUUUUUUGCUUUUAAAAUGGCUUCUUGGAACCAGUUUAAUUGUAUUUGUAUUUAAUUUUUGUUCUCAUCUAAAUGUGCAUUUUCUGACUGUAUAGAAGCUUUGCUAUGUAAUUUAAUAAUAAACUAGAAAUCUAA